AUGAUCCCUGUAUCCUGGAUGGUUGAUGAAGAAGAAGACACAGUCAUAUGCUCUGCAGCUUUGCUCACAUAUACUAAAAAAGUAAUGUCAAAGGGUGUCAACCAUCUCGACAAUUGCGUCUUUGUCGAUGGUUCAGACUUCAAUGCGUGCAUGGUACCUGGUAGAGCCAGACCAAGAAAAAGAAAGAAGGCGCUCGUCCUUAUGAAGGCUAAGCGAGCAAAAAACAUUUUAAUCACUGAUAUCCCAAAGUUUACCGACAAGCUAUUACAAGGAUUGGAUGAACAAUGUCCUAAAUAUCCGUUUUUUACCGCUAUGAAUAACGCGAGUUUCCAUAAUGCUCCUUUUAUUACAGAAAGUUCAAAAAUACUCAACAAACUAUACCUACUUCCUCCUUACUGGCCCAUGUACCCAAAACAAGCAGGAAGCAAAAUGCUCCAGUCAUCACAGGAAAGUGAGAACGAAGCAAUGCCUAAAGAUUGCUAUGGUUGGGUAAAACAUUACAUGAGUAACCUGACGAAAUGUCUUAAGGAAUUGUUCUUGAUGAUUUAA